AUGACGUCCCUCCCCGGUGAUCUCUUGACGCCUUUUUUCCUCCUCCGCCUUUCUUCUUUUCCAGCGUUGUUUAGCUACCCUGCUCAGCUUACAGGCGCGUCGGUGGAUGAGCUCAAGCUGAUCGCUUCCUUCCUGCUCUCAUACCCGCUCGCCGGCCUACUAAAACGAAUUCCCGACGCUCAGCCCUGGAAAAAGAAUGCCUUUAUUAUCGUUGCCUCGCUCUUCUACAUUGUCGGCCUUUUCGACCUAUGGGAUGGUCUCCGGACACUUCUUUACAGUGCAGCUGGUACCUAUGCCAUUGCAUACUAUGUAGAUGGCUCGUUGAUGCCCUGGAUUGGGUUCAUCUUCCUCAUGGGCCACAUGUCAAUUAGCCACAUUUACCGCCAAAUCCUGGACGAUGCACAGGUGAUCGAUAUUACCGGAGCACAGAUGGUUCUAGUCAUGAAACUGUCUUCCUUCUGCUGGAAUAUUCAUGACGGCCGUCUCCCUCAGGAACAGCUAUCGGAUGCGCAAAAGUACUCUGCAAUCACCGAGUUCCCCAGCAUCCCCAACUACCUGGGUUAUGUACUGUUCUUCCCGUCGCUGUUUGCUGGUCCUUCCUUUGAGUAUGUGGAUUACCGCCGCUGGCUGGAUACAACCCUGUUCGAGAUUCCGCCAGGCACAGACCCGGCCAAGGUCCCUCGGACAAGGAAGAAGCGCAAGAUCCCACGCAGCGGCACCCCUGCUGCAAAGAAAGCCGCCAUCGGCCUGUUCUGGAUCUUUGCUUUCCUGAAACUGGGCUCGUGGUUCACCACUGAGUUUGUGCUUUCCGAUGCAUUCUUGGAGUUUUCCUUCCCUCGCCGUGUCUUCACCGUGUACAUGCUCGGCUUUACAACGCGGCUGAAGUACUAUGGCGUGUGGUCCUUGACCGAGGGCGCCUGUAUCCUGUCUGGCAUGGGAUACAACGGCUUCGAUCCUAAGUCAGGCAAAGUCUUCUGGAACCGACUUGAGAACGUCGACCCCUAUGGUCUUGAGACUGCCCAGAACUCGUAUAGCUACCUUGGCAGCUGGAACAAGAAUACUAACCACUGGCUGCGCAAUUAUGUCUACCUACGUGUCACGCCAAAGGGCAAGAAGCCGGGUUUCCGUGCUAGCAUGGCUACCUUUGCGACUAGUGCCCUGUGGCACGGCUUCUAUCCCGGUUACUACAUGACCUUUGUGCUAGGCUCCUUCAUCCAGACCGUUGCAAAGAACUUCCGCCGCUACGUGCGCCCCUUCUUCCUCACACCAGACGGCUCCAAGCCAACCCCCAACAAGCGAUACUACGACAUCCUCAGCUGGGUAGUAACCCAAUUCACCCUCGGCUUCGCCGUCCUCCCCUUCAUCCUCCUCAGUUUUCCCGACUCAAUGACCGUCUGGUCCCGAGUAUACUUCUACGGUAUCAUCGGCACCGCAUCCUCCCUCGCUGCCUUUGCCUCCUUCUCCCCAGUCAAGGCCUAUCUAGUGGGUCAACUCAAGCGUCGCAACCGGCCUCAUGCCCCGCGCACGAUGAGCCAGGAGACCGUGCGCCCGCCGACACUGGGUCUGCCGAAUGACCCGGAGCGCGACUUUGAUGAAGCUGUCGCCGAGAUUAAGGCGGAGAUUGAGUCGAGGCGUCGGAGGGGGAGUGUGGUUACUAUGCCUACUGGGGAGGAGUUGAAGAUUGCCGUUGAGCAGAAGAUUGGACGGAAGCUUUAG